CAAGAUGGCAGCCGAACCGUCAGCACCGCUUCUCGCCGCUCCGUUGCUAAAUCGCCAAAUCUUCUUCUUCCUAGUUUCUAUUGUUUUCUUCGGACAUGGCCAGGAGGUGGAAACGGGGAGUUUCCCUCUCCUCAUGCCCCACGUUCGUCCUCUCAAGGCGGAGACGUAUCUGUGCACACCGAUCCGAAUCGACAACAACAAGGUCUUCUAUAUAACUGGAUUCGUGCCGAAUGCUACCAUGCAAACAGCUCAUCAUAUGCUUAUCUAUGGUUGCAGCAGGCCUGGCUCAAAUGAAGCCGUCUGGAACUGUGGCGAGAUGACAGCGAAGCAGCCCGGCCUGGAGCAAGCAUCACCAUGUGCAUCGGGUGCAAGUGUCAUCUAUGCUUGGGCCAUGGAUGCCCCUCCAUUGGAAUUACCCAAAGACGUCGGAUUCCCUGUCGGAGGACACACCGAAACUUCCUAUCUCGUCCUCCAGGUCCACUACGCCAGUGUGGAGAAGUUCAGAGAUGGUUCUACCGAUGACUCCGGAGUAUUCCUGCACUACACCAAUCGACCUCAGGGGAAGACAGCAGGGGUGUUAUUGAUGGCUACAGGAGGCGUGAUCCCGCCGAAAUCCACCACGCACAUGGAGGUGGCUUGUGAAAUCAAGGACGACAUUGUUAUUCACCCGUUCGCAUUCCGUACUCACACCCACUCGCUUGGGCAAGCGGUGUCCGGCUACCGGGUUCGAGAGGUCCAUGGCCAAGAUGAAUGGACCUUGAUCGGAAAGAGGGAUCCUCAGCUCCCUCAAAUGUUCUACCCCGUAUUCAACAGCAUGACCAUUCAACCAGGCGACAUUGUCGCAUCCAGAUGCACAAUGAAGAGCAACCGUUGGAGAUUCACCACAGUCGGGCCGACGAAUGAGCACGAAAUGUGCAACUUCUACUUGAUGUACUGGGUGGACGGGAAGAGAUCGCUGAAGCAGAAGAAAUGCGUGAGCGUAGGACCUCCUCUCUCCUACUGGAGAACCUACCCUCUUCGAAACAUCCCUGAGGAUGCUUCCACCCUCGAAUAAAUCGACUCAUGUUCAUCUAUCCACGGCGACUGAACAUCUCAUCCACUCUUCAGCUCUGCUGGAUAUUCUCAAUAUGACUAUUUUCCUUCUAUCGAAAGUGAUUCUGCAGACAUAAGAGGAAGAUAUAGAUGAGGCUGACGUGAUAAUGAGAGUUUUGAUGAAUCUGAGAGUCCCUCGAUUGAUCAUUCUAGCAGUAUUUUACACUCUUUUCAGGCUCGUUCCCUGGGAGAAGCAAUUAUUAUUUCGCAACAGUGAGAAUGAGAUAUAUGAGAGAAUCCUCAGAGGGGAAAAACUUUCAUGUGACUUUUUUGUUGUUGAACAAUUAAGACCAAAUUGGAAGCACAAAAUUGUUUAGAUGUACUUUUCCAAGACUCUUGCCUAUACAUUCUGCAUUUAGGUAUUUGCAAGCAGGAAUUUCCCCUACUAUCAUUGCAUCAAUUCAUUGCCUGCUCCUCAGUGCUCAGAAUGAUUGACCUAUGGGACAUUAUAUCUAAUAUAUGUUUCCAGAGAGCGAAGAAUUGAGAGAUGAUUAUAUUUUUCAGUUCCAAAAUGAUGAUAUAAUAAAUGUAUUCAUUGUAUCCCUCCCAACCGGUG